GCUGCGUAGCGGGCUGUGUUUAGAACGUUCUGCGUGACCCAGCCGAGGAGGUUCCUGCUUCAACAGUGAUUGGACGGAACUGUCCCCUUGUUUGGGCCCCCUCGUCUCCGCGCAUCUUCCCAUUAGCGACGCCGGGCUGCCAUGGCUUCGUCUCCUUCCCAGGUGCGCCAGAACUACCACCAGGACUGCGAAGCCGCCAUCAAUCGGCAGAUCAACUUGGAGCUGUAUGCGUCGUAUGUGUACCUCAGCAUGUCCUACUACUUUGACCGUGAUGAUGUGGCCCUGAAGAACUUUGCCAAGUAUUUCCUGCACCAGUCCCAUGAGGAGCGUGAACAUGCAGAGAAACUUAUGAAACUGCAGAACCAAAGGGGCGGCCGCAUCUUCUUACAGGACAUCAAGAAACCAGAUCGUGAUGACUGGGAGAAUGGGCUGACAGCAAUGGAGUGCUCUUUGCACUUGGAAAAGAAUGUGAACCAGUCACUGCUGGAGCUGCACAAGCUGGCAACGGACAAAAAUGACCCCCAUUUAUGCGAUUUCAUUGAAACACACUACCUGGAUGAGCAGGUCAAAUCCAUCAAAGAGCUGGCUGACCACGUGACCAACCUGCGUAAGAUGGGGGCACCAAAACAUGGAAUGGCAGAGUACCUCUUUGACAAACACACCCUGGGAGAAAGUGACAGUGAGAACUAAAAGCUUCCUGUGAAUGCUUCAGUGGGACUCUAGCUUCUUGUUCAGCUGUGCAUGUUUCUUUGGUUUAAAUCACUGUAUAAAAUCAACAGACUUUUUUGUUCUUUUGUUGUAAUUCAUGCCCAAUAAAGUGACUUGGUUCCAACUGGC